AUGUCGUGGCAGCCAACCGUGAAUACGAACACUGCUCUGGAAUCUUCACCUCCUUCGUUCUUGGGUAUCAUUCCUUGUUUCAAGCAGCCUAAGCACUUACAGAGUCUGAUUCUUAUGCGUUGGCCCUUGAUCUACCUUGCCACAGUUUGGAUCUUGCAGCCAUUUGUCAUUUUCCUACUGUUUACACCCUUGUGGCCUCUACCAGCCCUUUACUUUGCGGUUUUCCUGGACUGGAAGACCCCAGAGCAAGGUGGUAGACAUUCAGCCUGGGUAAGGAACUGGAGUGUCUGGACCCACAUCAGAGACUAUUUCCCCAUUACAAUCCUGAAGACCAAGGACCUGUCACCUGAGCAUAACUACAUCAUGGUUCACCCUCAUGGCCUCUUGACCUUCGGUGCCUUCUGCAACUUCUGUACUGAGGCCACAGGCUUCUCAAAAACCUUCCCAGGCAUCAUGCCCCACUUGUCCACACUGUCCUGGUUUUUCAAGAUCCCCUUUGUUAGGGACUACCUCAUGGCCAAAGGUGUGUGUGUGUGCUCCAUGAGUCAGGCAGCCAUCAACUACCUGCUAAACCAUGGCACUGGCAACUUAGUGGGCAUUGUGGUGGGAGGGGUGGGGGAGGCCCUGUAAAGUGUGCACAGUGUCACCACCAUACUCCUCCAGAAGUGCAAGGGGUUUGUUUGCACAGCCCUCUGGCACAGGGCUUAUCUGGUCCCCACCUUCACUUUUGGAGAAACUGAGGUGUAUGAUCAGGUGUUGUUCCAUAAGGACAGCUGGAUGUACGAGUUCCAAUUUGUUUGUGGAAACUAUUUUUGUGUCUUCUAUAGACGAAGCUUCUGCCAAGGCUGCAGUGGGCUCCUGCCUUACCCGCUGCCUAUCAUUACUGUGGUUAGGGAGCCUCUGACACUGCCCAAAAUUGAAAAUCCGAGCCCAGAGAUGGUGGACAAAUACCACACACUCUAUACAGAUGCCCUGCACAAACUGGUUGACCAGCAUAAGAUAUACUAUGGCCACUCAGAACCCCAAAAGCUGCUUUUCCAGUGACUCAAGGGGCAGUGCACCCAAGGGCAGGCAUCUUGGAGGGGAGAUUGCUUUGCUACUUGCUGACCAAAAGGUGGAGCGAGGAUGAUGAGGGUGGGCUCUGUGGGGCAGGAGAGGGCAUCAGGAACUCCUGUCUUGCCAUGAAGCCCUUGCAGUGGCUGUCCCUGGAGAGCUUCACUUAGUCAUUCCUCAGCGAGGGCAUCCUGAGGCCCCUUAGGCCCAGCCACUGCUCCUUGUCCCACCCCCCAUGGCUUUCCUCUCUGAGCCCAAACCCCCAGGUCCCAAGGACUCAAGCUAUAGCCAAGUGGCCUGAACAGCCACCACUAUGGUUGUUGUUUUGUCUUACUGCCAUUUUUAAAUUGAGAUGUAUUUUGUAUACCAUAAAUUUAACCUGCUAAAAGUGUGAUAUUCAAAAGACACCUGUAAAAACACAGC